GGCGCGCGAGGAGGAGGAGGAGGAGACUGGAGGCUUCUUGUCGCCGCUUCUCCUUCCUGCAGCCAGAGAGGAGCUGUGGCUGUGCUGAGAGCAGUGUCUGAGUCUCCUUCCCUGACCUGAAGCCAAGUAAAAAAGCGGUGCUCAGAGACCAACAGACGACAGGCAUCUCACACACACACACACACAGCCAUACAUACACACACCAGCCCCAGAGAGAAGCAGCACCACCAUAGCAUUGCAAAUGGAGACGGUCGAGCAGACCAAGGCAGUGCAGGAGCAGACCAAGGUAGAGCAGGAGCAGAACAAGGUGCCUGUUGAGGAAGAUAAUUCGGAGAAGAGCAUAAUGAUUCAGAAAGCCAAGCUUGCCGAGCAGGCCGAGAGGUACGAGGACAUGGCCACUUACAUGAAAGAGGUGACCCAGGAGGGACACGAGCUGUCCAACGAGGAGAGGAACCUGCUCUCAGUCGCCUACAAGAACGUGGUCGGGGCACGCCGGUCCGCCUGGAGGGUCAUUUCCAGCAUCGAGCAGAAAAACGAAAAUGAAGACAAGAAAUCGCAAUUGGUGAAAGAGGAGCGGGAGAAAAUCGAAAAGGAGCUCCGAGAUAUCUGCAACGAAGUUCUGGGAUUGUUGGAUAAAUACUUAAUUGCCAACUCUUCGAGUUCUGAAGGCAAGGUCUUCUACCUGAAGAUGAAGGGAGACUACUAUCGGUACCUUGCUGAAGUUGCUUCUGGAGAGGACCGAAAAAAAACGAUAGACAGUUCACAGGCAGCCUACCAGGAGGCGUUUGAUAUUAGUAAGAAAGCAAUGGAAGCAACACACCCAAUCCGACUGGGUCUUGCUCUUAAUUUCUCUGUGUUUUACUAUGAGAUCCUCAACUCUCCAGAACAGGCCUGUUUACUGGCAAAGUCAGCUUUUGAUGACUCGAUUGCUCAGCUGGAAGAUUUGAAAGAUGAUUCCUACAAAGACAGCACCCUCAUCAUGCAGUUGCUUAGAGACAACCUAACACUAUGGACAUGUGAUAGUGGAGCAGAAGAUGCUGAGGCCACUGAGGCUGGAGAAAACUAAAUGCUCAUAGAGUCCAAUCCCCAGAACCUUUUUACACGUUUCCAUUCCCAAUUUGCUCCACUCAAUUCCUAUAGCAAUGAAAGCCCAUCGGUACUAUACUGAAUAGCUGUGUAUGGAAAAUCCAAAAUUUAGUCUUUACACACACCACAGCUUUAAAAUAAAUCCAUUCCUUGGUUUGUGUUGGUUGUUUGGCCUUCCUGGUGUGCGGUUACUGCUGUAGAAGAGUAUUAAUAGCUUAACUUUAUAACAUGAGUAACUUCCAAAUGUAGAGGACAAAAAUGUUUCAUAUUGUAAAACAAAACUACAACAGAUACUUAAAAGUUGCAGUGUUUGUACUAUGUGAACAGUCAAAUGGUAGAAAUUUGCUGUACUAGACAGUAAUCGGAGUAUACUGCAGAGCUUUUUAUAUAUUUUUUUGCUUGUGUCCCUACAUGUGCUUGAAAUGCUCUUCCCAUGGCCCCUUUCUUGGAUUAUCCUGCAGAUGUUAGCUUGGAUGUGCAUUGGCUCUCUCCCCUCUUUCCCCCCCCACCCCCAUCUCUCUAGUAAAAUAACCCUGUGCUACUAAUAUUAGCAUAAUUACAGAACAAAGUGGUUGUUGCACAUGUUAUGCAGGACUGGCCUUGUGCUACGUAAUAGGGUGAAAGAUUACUUAUUUUUAGGAAAUAUUGUGGGACCCAAGGCAUUAGAAAUCAAGUUUAAAAAAUUAUACCUGUUUAAUACAAUUUUAGUGUUCUGAGAAUCACUGUAUUCUUGGCAUUCUGAGAUUCACUUUUUCUAAAUGAAUAAAGCAUCCAUGUAAUUGUAGUAUUCACUUUGUAUACUGAUACAGCAUGUUUCUGCUAAAGUGAGGCUGUGCUUGUGGAUGACUGGAAAUCACAUGCAUGCCCUUUGAUACACUGGAAUGGGAAAUGCAACUUUGUUCAGACUGUGCCGAAAUAUAAUUUUUUUUAAAAAAGCAUAGUACUUUUCUUUUCAGGUUUGUGCACAUGUUCAGUUUGUCAGUGAUUGUUGAGAGAUAUAAGCCACUCCAUUGUGUUGCUAAUCAUUGAUCCCCUCCCUCUCCCGAAAGCCUUGUGGAAAUGUUAAUGCCCUUUGUAAUGGCAAUGUAACAUGAAAUAAAAUGACAUUUUAUAAACCAUCAA